AUGAGGUACGUAAAGCCUUUGAGCUUGUUCCAAGACUUGGUUAGGGGCAAUGCUCUCGAACGUGGGCGUUUGCUUGGUUUGGACGUCGGCGACAAGUACGUCGGCGUAGCUGUAUCAGACAUUCAUAACAAGAUUGCUUCACCUUUAAGCGUUCUGCUUCGGAAGAAAUCUACACUUGAUAUGAUGGCCGAUGAUUUUCAGAGUUUGAUCUCUGAACUUUCUCUGGAGGGCUUCAUUGUUGGAUACCCUUUCGACAGACAGAGACGCAGUCCUGAUGCUGUCCAAGUGAAUCUUUUCAUUGAUGACCUCUCUGCGACAAGAAAACUUGAAGGCUUAAAAUAUACGUAUUGGGAUGAGGGCUUUACAUCAAAGAAUGUGGAAUUACUCUUAAGGCCUUUGAAUUUGCAUCCAGUUACGUCCAAGACAAUUAUUGACAAGUUUGCUGCUGUUGGUAUACUCCAGGGGUACCUGGAUUAUGUUAAUAGGAAGCAGAAGUCUGUAACCGCUUAG